AUGUCCGAAGCAUCCCGUUUGUUAUCUCUGGCUUUCCGUCCAUUAGGGCUGGACAUCGAAUCAGGUGGGUCUUCUCCAUUUCAGCUGGACAUCGAAUCAGAGCUGGACACCGAAUCAGGUGGGUCUGCGUUGUCUUUAGAGCUGGACACCGAAUCAGGUGGGUCAUCACCAUUUCCUCCUGUAGGUUACAUAGAGGGCAUGUGGGUUGAGUGUAUGAUUAAGAAUCAGAUGGGUCUUCUCCAUUUCCUCCUGUUACAUAUGGUGGGUCUUCUCCGUUUCCUCCUAGAAUCAGAUGGGUCUUCUCCAUUUCCUCCUGUAGGUUUCACAUCAGGUGGGUCUUCUCCAUUUCCUCCUGUAGGUUACAGAUCAGAUGGGUCUUCUCCAUUUCCUCAUGUAGGUUACAUAUGGUGGGUCUUCUCCGUUUCCUCCUGUUACAUAGAGUAUAUGUGGGUUGAGUGUAUACUCUCAAUCUGUGAAGGUGUUUUGAUGGUUGAGUGUAUACUCCCAAUCUUUGAAGGUGUUUUGCCAGGCAAUCCGUCCGUACGUAGUCUAAACUCAGCAACGGCUUCGAUUCUUGGCCAAAGUCUAAGACUCAGCAACGGCUUCGAUUCUUGGCCAGUCGGGUAUGUUGAGAGUGCCACUGUCCACUGUUUCUCCUUUGUUCGAGCUUCUAGCAACGGCUUCGAUUCCUGGCCAGUCGGUUCGAAGAGUGCCACUGUCCACUGUUUCUCCUUUCUUCGAGUCGGCAACGGCUUCGAUUCCUGGCCAGUCGGUUAUAUCGGAGAGUGCCAACUGUUCUCCUUUGUUCGAGCUUUAAGUUCGUUGCACCUUGACUGUAUACUCCCAAUCUUUGAAGGUGUUUUGCCAGGCAAUCCGUCCGUCGGGUAUGUUGAGAGUGCCACUGUCCACUGUUUCUCCUUUGUUCGAGCUUCUAGCAACGGCUUCGAUUCCUGGCCAGUCGGUUGUUUCUCCUUUGUUCGAGCUUUAAUUUCGUUGCCCUGCACAUUGAGGUCGGUCUCUCCUAUAAUCUCCUGUGUUCGAGCUUUAAUUUCGUUGCACCUUGAGGUAUGUAUUCUCUUCUGA